GGAACCAUGUUGAGUCAGCAAAUUGCCAACAAUGCUAGAACUUUGCAGAAGGGAGCUGCUCGUUUCUACAACAGCACUUACAACAACCUGAAAAUCAACAAGGACACCAAGGUUAUUGUGCAAGGAUUCACAGGAAAGCAGGGUACCUUCCAUGGAAAGCAAAUGCUCGAGUACAACACUAAAGUCGUCGGUGGAGUAAAUGCCAACAAGGCCGGAACAGAGCACUUGGGACUCCCGGUCUUCAAGAACGUCUCCGAAGCUCGCAACAAGACCGGAGCCGACGCCUCUGUCAUCUACGUUCCAGCCAGUGCUGCCGGUAGCGCCAUCGAGGAAGCCAUGGACGCCGAGAUUCCAUUGGUGGUGUGCAUCACUGAAGGAAUCCCACAACACGAUAUGGUCCGUGUUAAGUCGCGUCUUCUCAAGCAGAACAAGACAAGACUUGUUGGGCCAAACUGUCCAGGAAUCAUCUCGGCCGAUCAGUGCAAGAUCGGAAUCAUGCCAGGACACAUUCACAAGAGAGGAUGCAUCGGAAUCGUCUCCCGCUCAGGAACUCUCACCUAUGAAGCUGUGCACCAGACUACUCAAGUCGGAUUCGGACAGACUUUGUGCGUCGGAAUUGGAGGCGAUCCAUUCAAUGGAACAAACUUCAUCGACUGCUUGAACGUCUUCCUUGAGGAUCCAGAAACUAAGGGAAUCAUUCUCAUCGGAGAAAUCGGAGGAUCAGCUGAAGAGGAGGCCGCCGCAUACCUUAAGGAGCACAACUCGGGAGCCAACAGGAAGCCAGUCGUCUCAUUCAUUGCCGGAGUCACAGCUCCACCAGGCAGAAGAAUGGGACACGCCGGAGCCAUCAUUUCGGGAGGAAAGGGAACCGCUGCUGACAAGAUCAAUGCUCUUAGAGAAGCCGGAGUAGUAGUUACCGACUCUCCAGCUAAACUUGGAACCUCCAUGGCCACCGCUUUCCUGGGAAAGAUCUAAACAGGAACCCUCGCUGAUUUAAUACUCAACUUGUCUCCCUCCCCCUUUUCUGUAAGAAAAUAGCUUACACACUUUUUAGUGAUCUUGCGUUUUUAAUUUCAAUAUUUCUAUGACUUCUCUCUUUUUUCUCUCUUUCUUGUCUCUUUUUCUCUAAUUUUUUAAUAUGUUUGCCUCUAGAUAACUGUGUGGCUGAAUUUUUCCGAUAAAAUGGAAAAAUUGCAGUUGUCGCAAACCAAUUGAUUGAAAGUUGAAAGUUGUUCAUGGG